GGCACACCGGCAGCGGCACACCGGCAGGGGCACACGGGCAGGACUCCGGGCAGAGGCACAUCGGGCUGGACUCCGGGCAGAGGCACAUCGGGCUGGACUCCGGGCAGAGGCCACAUCGGGCAGGACUGCCGGGCAGAGGCACAUCGGGCAGGACUCCGGGCAGAGUGCACAUCGGGCAGGACUCCGGGCAGUAGGACACAUCGGCCGGGCCCCCGGGCGGGGCAGCAGGGCUACCGGGCCCCCGGGCGGGGCAGCAGGCAGCGGGCCCCCGGGCGGAGCGGCAGGCAGCGGGCCCCCGGGCGGAGCGGCAGGCAGCGGCCCCCAGGCGGGGCGACA